AUGAACACACACAUUUUCAAGUAUGUACCUUGGUAUCAAUGCGAAGCGACGGCAUAUCAUGCUUUUCUCAAAUUUCUCAUAGCUGAAAAAGGGGACUUACCACUGACAGCAUUCGAAGGGAAAAUGUGUCAAAAGGGAAUUAAAGAAUCAUUCAAGGAUUUGAAAGAUCUGUGUGAGUUCUUUAAUGGGGCUUUGUCCGGUCCGGUCCGGUCAGGUCCAGCAAUUAUUACAGCUUAUACAGUUUAUCCAUAUUUCUUCACAAAAUCAAACUUUUGCUCCACAAGUCUUACACUUAGGCCGAUGUUUAAUCCUCGUCGUCAAGCAGCAUAUAUACCUAUUGCUGUAAGACCAGAAACUUACCUGAAGAAGACCAUGGCUUCUCUAGAAGAAUCUUAUAGUAAGAAUUGUCGAAGACAACUGGGUUUCCAAAACCUUUGCUUCCAAGAGUAUGAGCUCCAGAUAAAGCAACAAACACUGCCCAGAAACAUAGAGCAGCAGAAAAUAGAAGAAAAUGCAAAAGAGAAUCUUUCAAGACAAAGAUUAAUUACUCACGAGAAGCCUUUCUUUAGAAAGCAUUGCUUCAUGGCAGCCGCAUUUAGUGAUUCUUCUGGAAGCUUCCCAUCAGGAUCAGGCACCCUGAGUGGGAGGAGGAGAUCUUCGGACCUCCACACACAGAGACAGCCUCGGCCCCACCCACAGCUAUCAAAUCCGCCCAGGAUACUAUCAAUCCCAAACAGAAAGAGAUUAGAUUAUUUAAAUUUGCUGCUAAAGCUAGAAAAUCCUCACACUUCACCCUGCCGAAAAGUAAAAAUUACCUGGUCGUACUGCUUCCACUUGAGCUUUCGCUUUAGCAAGUACCUAAUACCAGAACAGGCAUUAACCACAAAAGAGUGA